GCCGCGCCCUCGUUGCCCAGCGAUGGUCCACGCCGGUUUCAAGUUGCUACUCUUUGGCUUGCCGGCUUUCGUCGCAGGCGCAUCCAUCUCGACGCGGCAUACACCGCGAGCACCUGCGACAUCCAAGAAUGUCAUCGUCCAGAUGUUCGAAUGGACGUGGGACAGCGUCGCAGCGGAAUGCACUGACUUCCUUGGUCCCGCUGGGUACGGCUACGUACAAGUCAGCCCUGCCCAGGAGCACAUCCAGGGCUCGCAAUGGUGGACGGAUUACCAGCCCGUGUCAUAUACCCUCACUUCAAAGCGAGGUGAUCGGGACCAGUACGCAAACAUGAUCAAUACCUGCCACGCCGCUGGCGUCGGGGUCGUUGCAGACACCAUUUUCAACCACAUGACUGGUCAAGCCGAUGGCGGCGUCGGCGUCGCAGGAUCCUCGUUCCAAUAUUACGUUUAUCCGGGAAUUUACCAAUCUCAAGACUUCCACUAUUGCGGCUUGGAGCCUAACAAUGAUAUCGUCAACUGGGACAACGCCGUCGAAGUGUUGACUUGCCAACUGGAUGGCCUCGCAGACCUUGCUACCGAGACGGAGUAUGUGCGCAGCCGACUGGCUGAGUACGCCAACGAUUUGCUUUCGUUGGGUGUCGACGGGCUGCGGCUGGAUGCAGCGAAAGACAUCAACGCAAGUGAUAUCGCCAACAUCACUUCUCGCUUCACGCGGGCUCCAUACAUCACGCAAGAAGUCAUCUGGGGAGAAGGCCAACCUAUAACCCCCAACCAAUAUGUCUACAUCGGCGAUGUACAAGAAUUUCGCUACACUUCUGCAGUGCAAAGCGCCUUCUCAGGUGGAGGCAUCUCCAGCUUGCAGAGCUUUGAUAACCUUGGCUGGGUCCCCGGAACAUCAGCAAAUGUCUUCGUCGCCAAUCAUGAUACUGAAAGGGGCGGCGACUCGCUGAACGCCAACUCGCCUUCAAACACUUAUGUCACCGCCAUGAUCUUCUCCCUCGCACAUCCAUACGGUACUCCGACCAUUCUAUCAAGCUACAGCGGCUUCACGGACUACGAUGCCGGGGCUCCGAAUGGCGGAGCGGGUACGUGUACCACAGGCGGCGGAACGAAUGACUGGCUGUGUCAGCAUCGAUGGAACGCCAUCGCAGGCAUGGUCGGCUUCCACAACCAAGUUGGCAACACGGCUAUGGACAACUGGGUGUCGCCGCAAUCAGAGCAGAUUGCAUUCGGACGAGGCUCCCUCGGAUUUGUCGCGAUCAACAACGCGGACACCGUCUGGAGCACGACGUUCACAACCUCUCUGCCGGAUGGGACGUACUGCGACGUCAUCAGUGGCGUCAGCUCAUCCGGAAUGUGCACUGGGAGCGCCUUUACUGUCUCCGGCGGCACGUUUACAGCCGACGUGCAAGCGCAUAACGCCAUUGCCAUCCACACCGGUGCAACUGGCGUCGCAAGUGCUACGAUCACGAUAAACUUUGCUGAAACCGCCACAACGACGUUCGGCGAGAACAUCUUCUUAGUGGGUAGUGUUCCUCAGCUGGGCUCGUGGAGCCCCGACUCUGCGCUCCCUCUAUCAUCCUCCGGCUACCCAACAUGGACGGUCUCGGCAUCUUUGCCGCCGAACACGGCAUUUGAGUACAAGUUUAUCAGAAAGGAGACGAACGGGACUGUCGUGUGGGAAUCCGACCCGAAUCGCUCUGCGACGACUCCGGGCUCAGGGUCGACGACGUUGACUACGAGCUGGAGAUAGGUGAAGGUGCUCAGGCUGUGUCGAUGACAUUCAGACUCCCUACAUGUAACCUAAAACUUAUACACUAUACUGUCUGGCUACCUUAACAGCAAAAGUUAAU